CUGCUCACAGCGUACGACGUUUUCUUUCCUCGAUUGUACGCGGCUAGCAAAACCACCGGUUUGGCGCCAGUUUCGCACAGAAAACCACGCUUGAAAAGUUAAACACGUCACCCGAGCGUGAUCAUCAUCUUCGAUCGUCUUGCCAUGCCCGUCGUCGCGAAAUCGAACGUCUGAAGAAAGCGGAAGGAUGCCCGCUGGUAUUUCGGCUCUGGCGCCGUCGACGGAGGCGGGAUCUUUUGAGCACGAGAUGAAGGAUCCUCCGGCCUUUGCGAUUUUGCAGAAGGACGGUCUGGACUCGAGUCUGCCGCUUUUAAACGUCAAUGAGUACGAGGAGAUAAACCCACUGCGGCUCGCCAUGAAAAACAUGAAGAACACAAUGAAAAACGAAGAUUUCUGCAAUCGCAGACGCAUCAGCAAGUCGAACGAGCACCUGGUCCUGGCCAGUCUACAAUCGAAUCAGGUCAAUCCGUUGACAAUACGAAAGAAACACCAGAGCAAGAGCCAGGACAGCCUGGACGUUGAGGAGAGACCACCUACGGCCAAGUCCAGUAUCAUUAUGUCAACGGAGGACUUCAACGAAGUGUUGAAUGCGAAACUGCGAAAGAUCCAGGAGCAGGCCGAGCAAGGCCGCAGGUCGCCCAAGAAAUCGAUUUCGCAGAAAAAGCCGUUUAUCACGACCGUGAAGACAGGGGAAUUUCUAAUGCCGCCGCCGGAAGUGGCGGCCCUGCUCGGCAUAGCGCCCACCAGUGGAAACGAUGAAGAGACGGCGGCGACGGACGGAUGCCCUCUGAAGAACAAGUUCAAGCCGUUAAUAUCGCUGGCCAAGAGGCCGGAAGUACGUCACAGCAGUCACAACGCCCGAUGCCCGGCCGCUCUCAAGGCUACCGUGGACUUUUCCCUCGGCAUGAUGAACGCCACUACUCUCGCCAGUACCUCGACCUUGGACGAGCGUGCGAGAAGGUUCAGGAGGUGCGAGCCGGCCGAUCAGUCGGUUCCUUUCGGAAAGAUGAUGUUUGAUCGACGCGUGGCUCGCGAAAGUGCGCCCACUUGCGUUUCCACUGUCAUCGAUGGGGAACAAUCGAUAGCAGCUAGGCAGGCGGAAGCGAGACGAAGACAUUUGGCGAGGAAACGUGCUCAACUGCAGACUUCCAAAGCACUCGUCAUGAGAACGGGUUCGCCACCUCCGGUUCCCGGCAGAAAACACGAACCGGUGCAAACCGAACUUUAUCUUGAAGAGCUGACGGAGAAACCGGACGAGUUCGAAGUAGGCACACAAACCGAGCAGUUCAUGGAGAAACCGGUAACACCAGUGUAUUAUUCGGAGAAGGUUGGUCGCGACUGUGGCACUCAAAUCGAACCCGGCGAACUCUUCGACUACGACACCGAGGUUCAACCGAUUCUCGACGUGCUGGUCGGCAAAACCAUCGAACAGGCCUUGAUCGAAGUUCUAGAGGAGGAGGAAAUCGCCGCGCUCAAGGCGCAGCAAAGACGAUUCCUCGAAUUACGCGCCGCCGAGGAAGCUGAGGAGAAACGACUGGCAGAAGAAGAUAGGCGACGCAGAGAAGAGAAGGAGCUACGCCUGAAACAACAAGAGGAAGAGAUGAGGGCUCAGAAGGAAGCCGAGGAACGAGUCGCGGCGGCGGUAUUGUUGACGGGAUACAUCGCCGAGCUUUUGCCCGCGAUUCUCGAGAGCUUGAAGAUGUCCGGUUUUAUACUGGACGAAAUCAAGGCCGAUGUCGAGGAAGGUUUCAUGCCGUGGCUGAUGAAGGAGGUCAAGAAAGAAAUGGGUAACAUGAUCGAGAGCAGAGAAUUGUUGAUGGAAAUAAUCAGAGAGAUCUUGGAGAAUCGCGCACAAACGUACAGACAGCUCGGUGAGGAAUACGAUCUUUUACGGGAGAGGAGACUAAUGAGCGAAGCUACAUUGGAAGGUGGUGCAACCGACAGCGAUUUCGUGAACUACGAAACACCCGCGAUGGAAGAAAAUGGUGCUUUCAACUCGAUGGAAGAAACUGAUUUAGCGGGAUAAACACAACAUUCGUUCAGACUGACUUGGGAAAUAUGUAACGCAGCACAAUGCUUUCAAGAUAGAUUAAGAAGCCGAUUACGUUCUAAGAUAUAAUUUUGUGGUUUACUCUUUUUUUUUCUUAG